ACUUGGCUGAGCAAAGAAAAGGCAGCUUUGUGCCUCUGUGCGGCCAGGCCAGCACACAUUCUGCAAGGCGGUGGGAACAAAGAGCCGAACUGUCCGUAACCCUAAUCCAGACGUUCCAAAUAAACAAUUCUUGCACCCGCCAGAGCAUGGCACGAUGCCCCUCAUGCGGCCCCUCGGAUCUCGCUUCUCCUCCGCCCUACGAUGCUUGAUUCUAGGAAAGACACCAAACUUCAGGAACCUACCCCACAUGGCUGGCGGACUCCAGCCAGCCAGCCUGGUGGUUCUGCCCCAGUCUUUUGCUCCAACCUUCGAAAGGUUCUGCCAGGCCAAUAGCGGUCCACUGUCCCUGCUGGGUCGGAGCCCACCAGGCAAGUGGAGGGUGCCUGCCCUGGGCACUGAUCCAGCCACCAGGAAUGGCCGUCCCCAGUUCUGGAAAUACGAGUCGGGCACCUACACAGGUAGCGUGACCUCCCUGGAGGAGAACUCAGAGGCACUGAAGGACAUGGUGAUCUUUGUCCUGAACUGCAGCUACACCCCCGAAAGCACCUUGGAGAAGGCCGGUCUCCCCUGCAGAAGCCCAGUGGGUGGCAGCCUCGCAGGUGCCUACAAGACAUCAGUGCCUUGUGCUACCAUCGCUGACUUUGGCUGUCCCCUGGUGGUCACCAUGAGACCUGUCCCUCAAGGUGCAUUGAAAAGGCUGCUGCAGGCUGGUUGCUCUGUGGGACGUGAGCAAGGACAACCCAUCCAUAUUGGAGACCCAGAACUAUUGGGAAUCAAAGAUCUUUCCAAACCCGACUAUGGGCAUGCUGUGCCCUGUGAGCCUGGAGACGUUCCAGUGUUCUGGCCUUCUCAGCUGACCUGUCUCCAGGCUGUCAGUCUCUGCAAGAUCCCAAUGGCUUUCGCCAGUGCACCUGGCUGUACAGUGCUGACCGACCUGAUGGAUACAGAGACUCCAACCAGCUCUCUUACUCCUGAGAAAAUUCCAGAAGUCUACCAGAUUUCCCAAGAUCCCUUGCACUACAGCAUUGCCUCAACUUCAGCUGUGCAGAAGAUUCGAGAGCUAGAAACUAUCAUUGCUAUAGACCCAGGCAACCGGGGAAUCAGACACUUGUUCCAGAAAGAUGAACUACUGAGGGCUGCCCUGUCACUAUCCCACUCCCACUCAGUGCUCAUCACCACUGGCUUCCCCACACACUUCAACCACCAGCCUCCAGAGGAGAAUGACGGGCCACCAGGAGCCAUUGCCCUGGCCGCCUUCCUGCACGCCCUGGACAAGGAUGUCUCCAUGGUCGUCGAUGGGAGAGCCUUGAGUUUGUUUGAGAAGCUUGUCGAUGAGGCUGUUGAAGAAGGUGUUCUGGAGACGCGUAUCCCACUCCUGACUUUUCAAGGUGGAUCCUCAGAAAGUGCUCAGCAUUUUCUCUGCAAAGACGGGAACCCCAUGUUUCCAAGGUUCGACCACCUGGUGGCCAUUGAGCGAUCAGGGAGGGCAGCAGAUGGCAAUUACUAUAAUGCAAGGAAGAUGAACAUCAAGCACCUGGUGGACCCCAUUGAUGACCUUUUCGUGGCUGCCCGAACCAUUCCUGGAAUCUCAUCCACUGGGGUUGGUGAUGGAGGCAACGAGCUAGGGAUGGGCAAAGUCAAGGAAGCCGUGAAGAAACGCAUUCGCAAUGGGGCCACCAUCGCCUGUGACGUGGAAGCUGACUCUGCUGUCAUCGCCGGUGUCUCUAACUGGGGGGGCUAUGCCUUGGCCUGUGCACUCUACAUCCUGAACACGUGUGCCGUCCAUGGGCGCUACCUGCAGAAAGCCAUAGGGCCCCCCAGAACGCCUGGAGAACAGAGCUGGACGCAGGCCCUGCCAUCCAUCACUAAGGAGGAGGAGAUGCUAGGCAUCUUGGCCCGGCACCAGGUUCGGAGUGGGGUCACAGGCAAUGUGGGCAUGGUGGUGGACGGGCUGCCCUUCCAUGAUACACACGCCCAGAUAAUUCAGAAGCUGGUGGAUGUCGCUCUAGGGCACAGGUGACCUGCACAUGCUGUGAGCUUGGAGCUUGUCCCAGAGAACCAUGUCU